AUCUUUUGAUAGGGAGAAAUGGUCAGAGCUUCUGUCAUUGGUAAAAUGCACUAUUCUUAGUGAAAAAAGGAAUGAUGACAUGAUUGCAUUUCUCCUCAGUGAGAGCAGCUUGUUUGUGUCCAAAGAACGUGUCAUCCUAAAGACUUGUGGCCAAACAACGCUCUUGAAGUGUAUCAAACCACUGUUAGAACUGGCCAAGAAUGAGUGUGGGUUGACUGAAGUGCAGGAUUUCUUUUACUCGCGCAUGAACUAUCAAGAACCCAAACUUCAACCUGCUCCUCAUCAAACAUUUCAACAGGAGGUUGAGUGGCUGGAUCAGUUGUUUUCUGAUGGUGCAGGAUACGCUCUUGGACGAUUGAAUGGUCCUGACACAUGGUUCUUAUACACCCUGGACAACAUCCUUCCUGGUGUGACCCAGCCAGACCAAACACUGGAGAUUUUGAUGCAUGAUCUUGACCGAGAGGCAAUGAACAAGUUUUACAAGUCAAGUUCUUCUAAUGCAGAUGAAGUGACCAGAGUCACAGGCAUAAGUGAAUUUCUCCCUGGAGCCUUGAUUGAUGCUGCUUUGUUUGAUCCUUGUGGUUAUUCUGCUAAUGGCCUCUUGGAUAACAGCUACUUUAGCAUUCACGUUACCCCGCAAGAGGAAUGUUCUUAUGCCAGUUUUGAAACCAAUGUUAAAGUGUCAUGCUACAAGGAGCUGAUAUCCAAAGUUCUUAAGACUUUUAAGCCUGGAAGAUUCCUCAUGACUUUGUUUGCUAAUGAGGGUGCACCAUGUGGCUUUUCAUACAAGACUUUUCAAGAAGGAUCUAUACCUGGAUACAAACUGGAUGAUCUGCAGUUGUCACAAAUGAAGAUGUAUAAUCUGACCUAUGGCCAUUACAAAAGAAUCCAUGAGAAGCUUCCAUAACCUUGAUAAGCUGCAUCAACCAAGAGGCAUACAUUAUACUCAACUGAAAUGUAAAUUUACAACAGGUAGUACACCAAAGCUACUGAAUGUAUAUGUAAGGUUUUCGUUCAGAAAUGUAACUGUAUUAGCAAGAGGAGUAUCUAAAGUAACUGGAGAAAUUCUCCAAUCUUCACAGUCUAAAGGACACAAUCCUUAUGUGAUUUUAGUGGUAAAAUUUGUGAUAAAUGUCUGGUGGUUAAUAAUGGCCUAACUCUAUUUAAUCCUGAUGACUAAUCAAUGCCUUGACUGACACUUUUUGACAUGAAAAAGGAGCUAAGGAGAAUAUUGAGCUCUACUUAAGUAUCUCAUGCACCUCUUUGCUUUCAUUAUCUUUGAGGUUGAUACUAUAAAGAUUUUACUCCUGAGUAAAUGUUUUAAAGCUGGGAGUAAGAGCAGUUUGGGGCCUGAUAAACUUCUCAUCUAAAAGGCAGAAGAAAUUAAAAUACCUCAGUCUGCAGGCAAGAAAUGCCUCUUACUAACUGAGUUUGAGGUCCAUACCGCAAGUUAUGGACCAAGUUUUUUUCUGCUCAGAUUUAUGGCCCAGGCAUAUAUACAAAGUGCACAGAAAGUAAAUCCGAGCAGAUAAUAACAGGGUUAUGUAACUUGGAGUACACACUGAGAAAAGGAGUUUAAGAAGGU